AUGGCGGGCGCUCCAGGAGCGGAGAGGGGGGGCCAGGUGUGGUGGCUCUUCAUGCACGUGCACGGGGGCGGAUCCAGGAUCGGGCUGUCCAGUGGCGAGCAGGCGAGGGACACCAGGGCACGAGCAGGAGCCCUGGCAGGAUCGUUGGGGGAGGGCGGGCUGGCGGGCCCGGAGUUGGACGUCUACUCCGCGCCGCACGUGCUCGAGACGGAGCUCUUCCUGGAAGAGCUGCGCGGCCCCGGCGCCGACGACUUCGCCCGCCGCGUCUCGAGGCACUUCGUGGACGAGUGCCACGGCGACCUCGAGCUGUACGAGCGGACGUACGGCAGGGCCGAGGGCGAGCCCAGUGCGCCCCCGCAGACUGGCGCGGCCGCGGGCGACCCCGUCCUCGCCUCCGCGGCCGCAGCGGCCGCGCCAGUCGCGCCGGCCGAAGGUUCGCGGCCAUCCUCUCCGGCAGCGCCGCCGGCGCGGCCCAAUGAGGCCGACGCACCCGCGCCCCCCGAGCAGGAGGAGGAGCGGUGA